AUGACGGCCGGCGGUAACCAGCAAUUCACGAUGGGCAUUUCUCAAAUCUACUGUGCCGUAUGCGGAGCUCCAAUGCUUAGCAACGGGCUUGUAGAAAACGGCUCCAAGAAAUGGCUGAACGAGAGUGUGCUGUUGACCACUGCCAAACGAGCCGAGCACGACGAGGGUGUCACGAUUGACGAGUACUGCCCGCCAGGCUUGCACUCAACGUACCACUUCGUCUUGGGCCCCAAACCUUCACCAGACGAGCAGAGAACGGUCCUCCAACUCGAGGCUGAGGCGGACGACACAGGCCGAUUUCUCAUCCUGGAUACUACUACUGCUCCUUCCGUGUCAGGCAAGCUGUUAGCUGCCAUGUGCGUCGAGAUCGACAAGCCCAAACCACCUCCAGGACCACCCGAACACGGCGCACCGCUCUACCUCCCCGUCCACCGCGCCUGUCUCGAGCUCGCCAACCGCUUCAUCAGCAGCACAGAAACAUCUCUCCUCAGCGGCCAGACCGUUGCGCCAGAUGGCAUCACGUCCAUCCGACAGCUGUGGGAAGUCCUGUAUCGUCGAUUGCCUUGGACGCUCCACGGUCGGACGUGGGUGCUUCCCUCGCCGCAGGAGUACUUUGGCGGCGAGCUCUACCGCAACCUUAGCUAUGAGCCAGACGAUGAUCCCGAGGCCGCUGCGCUGCAUGAGCAGAAUCCGAUACAGAUUCCUGAUCUCACUGCUUCGGUCCUACAGAACCUCAGACCACUCGAUGCAGAAAGCGGCAGCAGCAGUCAAGACAGCGAGUGGUUCUUUGAAGCCCUCAUCACUGCAAAGCUAUGUCCCUGGCUCUGGGAUCUCGAUACCGACGUCAUGCGUGAAAAGCAUCGGACCGGGCAUUGGGACUGGACGCAUCUUGCGCGUGGGCUUACCCAUGAGAACGUCAUUCAACCGCCCGCAUCAUCGGGAGACAAUGGUGGUGACCUCCAGCUUAGCUUGCAACUGCGGAACCGACGCCGGAUCUGGCGCCUUCUGGAAGAGGCACGUGUUGACGAUGUCGCGACCACGGAGGAGGAAUUGAAGGCAGCGAGGGGGAUGACAUAG